AUGCAGGAUUAUUCGAAAGAAGAUGUACUGAAAAUUUAUUCUAAUUGGGAAAGUUAUUUUCACAAAGUUGAUGAUAUCUAUAGAUGGCAACCGAACCCUGGAAAUUCAGACACAUGUCUAGUGUCCGUGGCUAUAAAUCCAAGAAACUUCGAGGAUUCCUUCAUUUCCUGGUGUCCAGUUGCAAACAUGUGUUAUAAAAUAUUGACUGAAGGAAAUGACUUUGGCUACGCCUUAUGCCAUCGAAUAAUAAUUUUAGCAAUGGCGACUAUAGGACAAGGUUGUGCUAUUGUGUCUGAUACCAAAGAUGAAGGAUUGAAAAAUAAAUUAUGCAAGAUGGCAUAUGAAGAAGCUACGUAUAUAGUUUACCACGAUUUGGCUUUGGCGGAUUUGUUGUUCGAAAUAAUCUGUGUUUGUGCGUCUGCUGGUAAAGCUCAGUUUCUACGACGCACCUGGUUGUUAAGAUUGUUGGCAUUCCAAUAUGUUGAUGGCUGCUUCGGAUAUUAUGAUGUGGAGACCAAACUAUGUAACAGUCACACCACCGCUCUAGCGUCUGCAGCCUACUCAGCGGCAGUAAGAUAUAUAGUGCAAGAAUUUUAUUAG